UCUCGUCUCAUUGUGCGGUGGCAGCAACCAACGUACACAGACUGGGGCUCCAGGCAGGGGCGUCCGUCUCGCUCCAGCCGCGCUGCCGCCUCUAAGAGAGUUGUCGCCGCAUCCCGCGGGUGUAGCAGGGGAAGGGCCAUGAACCUGGGAGAUGGAUUAGAGCUUGAAACUGAAAUUUUCGAUGGAAAACCUCGGCUAAUUUUGGCUUCAUAUGGUAAAUCAAAAUCCACAGUUAAGAUGGGUAAUAAAGCUAAAGUCCUCAAACAUCCAUUGGGAACAAAACAGUCUGGACAUGUUCUGAAAUCAACACAAAAUUCCUGUGUCAAGCAUGAACAUAUUUUAGCAAAACCCAGAAGUGGAUCAAGAUGGUCAGCAAUAAAAGGUGAAAAAAACUGUGUGACUUUGUCAUCAUCUAAAGAUUCAUCAAAGGAAUCCUUAAAUAAAAACCAUGCUUUGAUUAUCCAAAAAGACAACACAACCGGAAUGUCGGAUUUAAAGAACCCUAAUAAAAUUGCUGUUAAAAAGCCCAAACAGAAGUUUCAGAAACCUCAUAUCUCAGGUGAAGAUCUAAAGAACAAUUUGGUGUGUUUAACUCAAGAGCAACUUGAACAGAUUCUGAUGACUGUAAAACAAGGAACCAAAAUUGAGUCCCAGGCCCAGGAGGAAAAGCAAGAAGAAACAAGCCAAAACAAAAACUCUGAUAGUAGCACUGCUGCUAAUCAGGCCCCACAAGAGGAAAACAUUAUGGGAUUACUCCAAAAAGCUGAUGAAAUUUCAUCUGUUCCAAAUGAAAAUAAUUAUGCCUCAAGCAGCAAACAAACAGCAUCUGAGCAGACUGAACAGAAAGUUAUUAAAAAUUCAUGGAAACCCGCUGACAUGUUUAGUACCCUAGGUGAAAGAGAAGAGGAUAAAAUUUUGUUAGAUGCAAAGAAGUCCCAGUGGAAGAAGGAGCUAGAUGAACAGAUAGCUUUAAAGAAGAAAUUAAAAGAAAGUUUGGAGCGACAGAUGAAGUACUACCAUUGGGAGAAAACGGAUGGUGAUGGUGAUGGUGAUAAAACCCAUUUGGAAAAACUGAAGCCAGUUAAUCAAGCUAACAUGACAUUUCCAGCUGAUAUGAGCAUUGCUACUGAGGAAAACCACAUUUUUAGAACCACUUUGGUCACAGAGGCUAGGGAAGUAGCACCCAGUGUUUCGAGUGGACCAACUGCUCAGUCGUCUAGUUUCAGUUCUCCUGACUUGCCAGCUGCCAUUCGUACAGCAUUUGUUUUAGGGGAAGCUACACCAGUGGAGCACCCCUUUAGUGCCAUGAAACGAGAACAACAGAAGAAGUGGCUUCUAGAUCUGGACAAACAAAAGGAAGAGGCUAAACUACGAAAAAUAGAGGAAAAACAUAAGUUAUCAAAGGCUGAGGAGCAUGAGAGAUGGGCAAUGCAUUUUGAUUCUUUAAAGAACUAUCCUCGUGCUAAUCCACAACACCCCAUAAAUGGAACAUACACCAAGCAGCCUGAAAUUCUUUGCCUGUCUCCCGAAUGUCAGGCCCUGACUGCUGCUGUUCAUCCUUUUACACCUGCAGCUUUAGGCCAUCUCAUGCAGUCAAAGGUGGAGAAUGUAGAAAAAACUGUUGAGAACACUACUUCGGAACAAAGUCAAAAAGCCAGUUUUCUCCGGUCAAUGACAGCUCUCUUGGAUCCUGCACAAAUUGAGGAAAGAGACAGGAGGCGGCAGAAACAGUUAGAACAUCAGAAAGCUAUAAUGGCUCAAGUAGAGGAAAAGCGAAGAAAGAAGCAGCUGGAGGAAGAGCAAAGAAAAUGGGAAGAACAAGAAGAAGAACACCGCUUAGCACGAGAACGAGAACUGAUGCAAAAACAGUUUGAAGAGGAUAUGCUCAAACAAAAACAAAAGGAAGAAAUCAUGACUCUUAAAACAAAUGAGCUCUAUCAGACAAUGCAGAGAGCACAAGAACAGGCUCAGAGAUUAAAACAGGAACAACGUAUUCGAGAGUUGGCUCAAAAAGGACAUGACAUUUCAAAACUGCAGAAGAAUCUUGAGGGUAGUGGUGGUGGCGGUGUUGAUAAAAUAUGUGAGAGUUAUCAUACUGGCCUUUCAAAUGUAAGUCAUGAUCAUUGUUCUGAUGAAGUGAGCAGUAAGAUGCAUCAAGAUGUAAAAACCGUAACCUCUCCUCGGAAAGAUACUGCUGUGCAGACAGAUGACUUUGACACCAGAGCAUACAUCCGAACUGAAACAUGUACUGAGCCAGUUGUAGAAAGCAGAACUGUGGACUGUACAUCUCCAGAUAUUUCCAUAGAAUAUAAAGAGAAAUUUAACAUCAAAAAAUGCAAGAAAGAAAUGCAGUAUCCAGAUAAAAAUAAAAUUUCCGAAAAAGAGAAUAACGACAGUUACACUGAUUUGUAUAACCAAUUUGCAAGAAAAGAGAAACAAACAAAACCUAUGGAAAAAUAUGGAAAGAGACCCGACUGGAACAUAAACAAACCUGGGAAAAGGUAUAUUCCAGCAUCAGAAAGAUACCCUAGACGGCUACAAAAGCAAAGGGAGGAAAAGAAAGUAAGACGACAGAUAGAGCUGCUUCAGUUGGUAGAAAGAAAUGCUCCUGGCAAACUCUGCCAAAAGAAAGAAGUCUCUCCAGAAAGGUCUCCUUCACCUCACCAGGAAACUAAUACAAAGAGUAAGGGACAUGCAGUCACAAAGGAAGAACAAUCUCAGAAGAGUCAUUUGAAUGAAGAAAGAUCUGAAUCACCACCUGUUCCAGCAGUUAAAAACAGAUUAUACCAAGUACAACAAAGGCAGAUAAAUACUUCUAAUUUCCCAGUUCAGAAUGGCAAUAUUGGGAGAGAGAGAAAUACCAACACAGACAUGCAACAGAGGAAAUCGUCUUCUCCAGUUAUUGAACCUGAACGGCCACCUUCUUCUCAUUUUAUUCCCUAUGUGCGAACAAAUGAAAUUUAUUACCUUGAUCCAGAUGCACCAAUGACUAGACCUUCAACACAUGAUCCACAAUAUCGACAGUUUAAUGAUUCUUGCCAUACACCACGGCAGAUUUUUAGUUCUGAUCAUGUGAGAGAUCCACUUCUUAAUCCUAAUGUGGUGAAAAACAGAGACCGACAACAGGCAAUCCUCAAAGGACUAUCAGAAUUACGCCAGGGUCUCCUCCAGAAGCAGAAGGAGUUGGAGACUGGUCUAAUUCCAACCAUGAAUCAAGAAGAAAACUUUAUUUCACCAUUUUAAAAAAGCCUCACAGAAGCUGUCCUACAGCGCUACUUUCAAAAAAAGAACAAAACAAGGGCUUUUCUACAGCCAAUCCCACUGUCCAGCGGGAAAGAGGUUUAUACCUUGCCUAGACAAGAGGAAGUCUUAAAAAUUGAGUGCAGAUACCACAGGAGCGCCUUACUUUUUCACUGAAGAUGAGCUCUAUGAAGCUAGAAAGCUUGUCGUCUCUUCUACCAACUGAAGUUGGUCUAGAAGAACAUAUUACCUCACCCCCAUGUCUCUUAUAUCCUGGGAUGCACACAGCUACACCACCACUGCAAACAGAUUCCAGAUGGUCAGAACUACUUACAAAAGUGUUAUUUACAACUAGGACCAAAAUUCCUUUUUCUGCUCAGGGAGCUCCAAAAACCUACGAGCUGGGUGAUACCUGAUGAGAAUUUAUCUGGGAAAUUUAACUAGAAGAUCCUUGGACUGGAACUCUCAGGACCCUACAAUCACAAGCUGUACUGAGAGGAAACUCCAAUUUUCGUACAAUAAUGGUGUAGGGAAAUUGAGCUCCUUGAGUCUGUCAUUAUAAGGCGUGGUUCUAAUCCGUUAAUCAUUCUCAUGGCUCUUCUCUGAACCCUCUUCCAUUUAUGAACCUUCUUAUUGAACUGUGGACACUAGAACUGGACACACCUGACUGGGGAGCACAUUAACCUGCCCACAGAAAACUGACUGCAGGAGUAAACAGGGAGAAGAAAGAUUCUUUGUGCCUUAGGAUUUUGGAAGGCAGCAUUUAAGGACUGCACAAUACCCUUUGCCGCUGGAUCUAGGAACUUGGGCUCCCAGCCUAUCCUUACUGUUCUUCCAAAUGUGCAGGCCUCAUCCCAGCAGGAUCCAAUGCCCCUCCCAAGGGGAUGGUAAUAGAGGGUUGACCGCAGUGGAUCUCUCCAUUCUCUGGAGAGAAAAUAAGUGACUAAGCAGGAGGGGCACACAGGGCCCAUUAUAUAAUCAUUACUAUGCCUGCUCCCAUAAAGUAUAACCCCUGAUAGUCCACAGAGAAGCCACACACCAUGAAUCAUCUAAGAGGCUGAAUAAAAAUGUCUGAUUCCUGCAGGAGGUAGAAAGAUGGACUGUUCGUGAUGGCAGGUUCCUACCUGGGUUGAAAAAGAUACUUUAUAGACUGGUGUCUUUUGGUGACAGGCAGCUACCUGCUUAAGCAAAGGAACAGCAACCAUUACACUACAUAUUAUUGGAGCUCCCCCACAAGCAAGUUGAAAAACUGGGACAGAACAGAUUCUGAUUAGAGGUACAAAGCUUUAGGUCAGUGCACCAGGAUGAACCUGCUGUAGAGAUCAACCGAAGUUGGUGUACUACUGGAGAGACUUAUCUGCAGGACCCCAGAUUCCUUUUGCUGCAGAAGUUUGAAGGUGUGUACUGGAUGAAGCAAGGCACUACAAGAAGAGAGAGUAUUGUGUUUAAGGGUAUGUCUACACUACCCACUGGAUCAGCAGGUAGCGAAUGAUCUAUCAGGGAUGGAUAUCACAUCUAGACAAGACUCGUACGUCGAUCCACAGAGCGCGCUUCCCAUCAACCUCCGGAACUUCACCAGGGCAAGAGGCGGAAGCGGAGUUGACAGGGGAGCAGUGGCUGUCAAUCCACACUACAAGGAAGCAAAGCAGUGAUUCUAAGUCGAUUUAAGAUACGCAACUUCAGUUACAAGAAUAGGGUAGCCGAAGUAGACGUAUCUUAGAUUCAAUCCACCCCCUUAGCAUAGACCAGGCCUAAGAGCAUUGACUACUGGCCAAAGAAUUGGAUUCUAUCCCUUCUUCUGUCACAGAGUUCCUACGUAAAGCUACACAACUCACUUACAGGGAAGUGCCGUAACUGUAGUUCAAGAUGUGUCCCCCUAUGGAUGCUCAAUGCUCAUGUGCCUUCAAUUAGCAAUUUCAGUAGUAGUGCUUGUUUCAUCUAUGGAUCUGCCUUACGCAUCCCCCGUGCCCCACACCUAGGCUACACAGGGCUGUGUGGGUAAACCAUACCCUUAGUUUCUUCUCUACUGCAAAGUCCCAUGAAGAAAACGCCAAAGCAGAGAGUAAGGAGGACAGGUAGUGGAACACCUAUUGGGGCACCACACAUUGAAGAAUUAUAGUCACUGCAAAGGGUAAAAUUUCCUUCUUUGAGUAGCAUCCUAAUGGUGUUCCAAUUCAGGUAACUUUGAGCAGUAUCCCCAGGAUGUGCGCUUCGGAUAAGAGUCUAGUAAAGAAGACAGAACUACACUGCCCACUGCCACAACAGUUCUAGACGCAUAGAGCAAGAGGCACAGUGUUUGGAGAAAGCAUGUAUUGUAGACCACAUACCAGUCCUACAGAUUUCAAGUACUAGAACAUCUUUAAGGAAAGCCAUAGAUGUUGACUGAGACCUAAGGGAGUGGGACAGAGUCCUAGCAGGAGGGCUGACAUUAGCAACCUCAUAGGACAUGAUGGUAGAUCCUAAAUCCACCUGAGUAGUCUCUGGGUAGAAACAGUAGAGCUUUUAUAUCUGUUGGCAAUGGAGGCAAAUGUUCGAGAAGACUUCUGAAACGUUUGGUCCUACUGAGAUUAAAAAAAGGCCAGUGCUCUUCUAGACAUCAAAGUAUGGAAAAAAAGCUUCCUGACCAAAGUUAUGGGGGGCAAGGGGUGUGUGGAAAAAUGUAUAGUUUGGUUCAGAUGAACUCCCCAAACUUCUUCCCUAAGGUAUUAUCGAUAUUGGAAGUAGGGAAACUUUGUCCUUGAAAAUACUGUAAAGGAGGAUCCACUAUGAAAGCAUCAAAUUUCCCCAGUUCAAGCCAACAUAAUAGCUAUUAAAAAAAGCUGUCUUUAGAAUAGGUAUAAUAAUGAACAGGUCACUAUAGGUUCAAGAAGGUCCUAGGAGACCCGAUAAAUAGAUUAAGAUCCUAGAAUGGAGCAAGGUCUUUACUUGAGGGAAGAGGUUCCCCAGUCCUUUAAUACAGUGGUUCUCAAACAAGGGCUGCCGCUUGUUCAGGGCAAGCCCCUAGCAGGCUGGGCCAGUUCGUUUAUCUGCCGCGUCCACAGGUUCGGCCAACUGCAUCUCCCAUUGGGCACAGCUCACUGCUCCUGGCCAACGUGGGCCGAGGGACAUGCUGACUGCCCUUCCUACAGUCCCCUUUGACUCUGAGGGCCAGUGGGAGCUGCGAUCGGCCGAACUGCGCACGUGCAGGUAAACAAACCUGCCUGGCCCGCCAGAGGCUUUCCCUGAACAGCAGCAGCCCUAGUUUGAGAACCACUUCUUUAAUAAGCCUUACAGUUGUGGGGCAAGAGACUACUGAGAACCCUUAUACUGGAGAAUGGAAAGCUGAUAUUGUAGCCAGAUGAACCUUAACUGGGAUACCUUAUAAAUCUGUUUUCUUCAGCUGUAGCAGGUAAUUCAAGAUAAAUACAAGUAAGGAAAAUUCAAGUGCAAUUUGCAGAUAGUCACACCAACUGCAAAAAUCUUUUUCACUUCUGAAGGUAAGAAUCAUGCUUAAAUUUCUUCCUGCUGUUUAACAACACUUGCUAUACCUCUGCCAAACAAGUGGACAGUCUACCAGCAAACCAUUGAAGAACCAGGCCUUGAGCUGGAGAAUUUUUAGGUUGGGAUGCAAUUCAUAUCUUAAGAUAAGCAAAGCAUGGAAGUUUACCUGUUUUUAAUAGAUUGUGUCCCUGUUCAGUAAUGUUUUAUACCAUGCUUAUUUUGGCACAUAAAGACUAUCAUUUGUCCUGCCUGAUUUUGUUCUUCACCUUUAGAAUCCAAAGUGUUGAGAAAAAUAUGUAAUUACAGGCCCCUUUGUCUAAAGAAGCAGAAAGGCAUCUGCCGAAGGCUGAAGGCCACCUCCCCCAAACAGAACAGACAACACUUCCUAUUUGUGGAAGAGGCAAAGAAAGCCAAUUCCAGACAGCGCCACAUUUGGAAUACAGCGUCUAGGAUUGGUGACCUAGCUAUUUUUCAGAGUCCUGGAAGAGGCCUCUGCUGAGAAUGUUUUGUAUUCCAGAAAGGUGCACUAUUGAAAUGUGACUACAAUAGGCUACACACCAAUUCCAUAACUUUAUUACUUCAGUACACAGAGAUAUAUCUCGCUCUGCUCCACAGGUUAAUAUGAAACACUCAAGCCUCAUUGUCCAUCAAGAUUUUGAUGGACUUCCCUCAGAGGUAGAAAGUGGAUACAGGCAUUUCUGACUGCCUGUCGUUCCACCAGGUUGAUGUGGAGACUGGUCUCCUGAGGUGACUAUGUCCCCAGCACUAUAUGGACACAGAUGCACUCCAAUGGAGUAGCAACACAUCCCAUAGUAUGGUGACCAAUGGAACUGGGUGAAGAAACAUCGGUCCCGAAAUUGUGGGGAUUCUUCCAUCAGUCAUGGCAAACAGAUUUUUUUUUUUUUAAACAAAAUCAAAGCUGCGUCUCCUGAUUAGUCUAUCCCUGAGCCACCUUGAAAUCUGCAAAGAUGUAACAUUGCAUGAUAAAGGUGCAAGCCACUAGGUGACCGGAAGCUGCAAACAGAAUCCUGCUGAGGUUUCAAGGUUCACUUGAUUGCUCUUGACAACGUUUAAUAAAGUUAUGAAUCUGUGCAUAGGCAGAUAGGUCCUGGCAGUCAGCAAUCUAAAGAUGUCCCUUACGUACAUAUUUUCCACAUAGGGGUCACUGUAGACUGACAUGAGCUGAAGGCCUAACUGCAGGAAUAGCGAUAGUGCCCUGUGGGUUGCUGACAGCACUUCCCCAUAAAACCAACCCUUGAACAACCAGCUUUUUAGGUAUGGGAAAUACCACACCUGCCACUAGACAAGGUGAGCAGCCACCACCACUAGAACCUGAGAGACAACUCUUGGAAAUGAGACUGAAAAGAAUCACAUAGUCUUGAAAGUGCUUCUGGCUUUUCACAAAAUGUAAGUAUGUUCUGUGAACCUGGUGUAACACAAAUUGAAGUGUGUCUCUUGUAGGCUGAGGGCUGAAAACCAGUCCCCUGAAUCUAAGAAUCACCACUGCCAGAGUCCCAGUCUGAAUUUUGGGACUUCACAAAUUUGUUUAGGAAUCUUAGACCUAAAAUACCAGUCUCCAUCCUCCAUUUCUCUUUGGUGCGAGUAAUUAACUCACAUGGAAACCAUUCCUCAUGUAGAGCCAGGACAGACAACUGCUCCUAGCAAAGGAGGGGUUUUAUCUCCUUUCUUAGUAGGAGCUCAUGAAAGGAGUCCCUGAAGAGGAAUGGGGAUGUGAAAUGGAUGGCGCAGCCGAACGUAACCAUCUCCAAAACCCAUUUGUCUGUGGUAAUCUAGUCUCAUGCAUGUUAGAAAUGAAGAGCUGGCUUCCAAAUGGCGGGAGGGAGGCAGGCAAACUGUUUUAGCUGGCAGGCUAGAGUGAGAAGGCUUCACACCCUCAACCAGCCAAUCAAAACUGGUGCUUUGAUUAAGCUAGUUGUGUACUUGAACCAGAUAGUUUAUGGUUCUCUUCCUCUGGAACUCAAGCUUCUUUCUUUGUGGUUCUGUGGGUCUCCAGAACCUGGAGAAAGGUAUCUGGUGGGAUCUCUAUGCAGUGUGUGAUCUAUUACUAAGCUUUUUUUUUUUUUUUUUUUUUUUAAAUUGCAGGGGUAUAAUUUCCCAGCAACUGCAGACUGGCUCUGGAGUCUUUCAGAGUAUGGAAGGACUUAUCUGUUCUUUGAAAACAACUUAAGCCCACCUAAGGGAAAAAAGUUCUUCACCAUGCUUUUGGCCUCCCUUGGGAAACCAAACUGCUGAAGCCCACGAUGACUGCUAUCAGAAAGAUGGAAUGGGCCACAGUGUCUACAGCAUCUACUUGGAGAGAUGUCUGGGCUAAUAAUUGUCCUUCUGCACUGACAGUUUAAAAUUACUCUUUGUUCCAGAGGGCGGUUCUCAAUAAAUGCUUACACUUUGUAUAGUUCA